AUGGAUGAAAGCAAGGGACCAUCACAUUACGUAAGGCUUACAAAGGAAAAAGAGCCUCUUGAAGAGAUCACCCCUGGAGAACUCAAUCAACCCGUUCAAGUUCCUCAGUUAGUGGUACAUAGAUGCCUUGAAUGUGGGCAACCUCUACCUGAAAGCUAUGAGCCACCUGCUGAUGAAGACUGGACAACUGGAGUUUUUGGCUGUUUUGAAGAAACUGAGAGCUGCGUGACGGGUCUGUUUUGUCCAUGUUUGUUGUUCGGGCAAAAUGUUGAAACCUUGAGAGACGAUAUAACAAGGAAUGAUGCAUGCUUUUGUCAUGCUUUAUGUGUAGAAGGCGGGAUGGUGAUUGCAGCAGCCACCUUAUUCUUCCACGGCAUUGACCCUCAAACAUCAUUUCUCAUUGGUGAGACCCUGGUUUUUGCUUGGUGGUUGUGCGGCAUCUACAAUGGCUUGUUUCGACAAUCCCUGCAGAAGAAAUAUCAUCUCAAGAAUUCGCCAUGUCAUCCCUGCUUGGUCCACUGCUGCUUGCAUUGGUGUGCCUUGUGUCAAGAGCACAGGGAAUUGAAGAACCAUUUAUCUGAUAACGUCUAUAUGCAAAUGACCCUUCUUAAGCCACCGCCGGUUCAAGUAAUGACCUCUGAUGGGCAGAAACAGGAGGAGCCUGCACCAGCCUUACCUCCAUCUACAGUACCUAACGGAAAUGAUGAACAACCAAAAUUGGAGAUAACACCAGUAUAGGAUUGAUUUCUUUCUUAUCAAUAAUUAUUAUUUUUUAUCAUUAAAAGAAAAAAACUAGUAGGAAGGAACUCAUUUAUGUCUUUUAUAA